CGUAGCAGCUCUAUUUCCGCCCGUGAAUCAACCAUUCUUUUUAAGAUAACCAUGGCUCCGAAACCAAAAUCUACGGAAAAAGCAGCGGGUAAGUCCGGCGAGAAGAAGACAACGGAGAAAAAGGCCGAGAAGAAGCCAGCUACCGCUGCUUCUGCCUCCAAAGUGACCAAGCCAUCCGAGAAAAAGGCAGCACCAGCUCCAGCAGCAGCUAAGAAAGUAGCACAAGCAGCUGCCAAAUCGGCACCCAAAACAGUAUCGAAACCCGUACCCAAACCUGCUGCUAAGCCUGCGACCAAGCCUGCGGCCAAAACUGUAGCCUCCAAGCCUAAGAAAAAUGUUCAGGCUCAAAAGAAGACCCCAAAGGGAGGUAAACCUGCUCAACCUGUGCAGAAGGCUCUCAAGGCUCAGAAAAAGAUCCUAAAAGGUACUCAAGGAUCUAGAGUCAGGAAAAUCAGGACAUCGGUCCACUUCCAUCGUCCCAAGACCUUUAGGCCUCCAAGGAACCCAAAGUACCCGAGAAAAUCAGUUCCAAGUAGGAGCCGUAUGGAUGCUGUCAACAUCAUUAAGUACCCAUUAACUACUGAGGCAUCGAUGAAAAAAAUUGAAGACAAUAAUACAUUGGUCUUCAUUGUGCAUACCGGUGCAAAUAAAUUUCAUAUAAAAUCAUCUGUUAAGAAAUUGUAUGAUGUUGAUGUUUUGAAAGUCAACACACUCAUCAGGCCCGAUGGUAAAAAGAAGGCCUAUGUACGUUUGACAAGAGACUACGAUGCUCUUGAUGUUGCCAAUAAAAUCGGCAUUAUAUAAUUUAUUUGACUAGCAUAAGUGAUUUGAUAAUUUUGUUGUAUAAAAUACAAAAGUAAUGCACCUGUGGUGAUAAUAAA